AUGUUUCGUCGUCGCACCAAGGACGACGAUGGCUUGGAUGAGACUCCUCUGGAAGGUUUGAGCAACUCAUACGAAAAGUACAAGAGCUUAUAUCAAGAGACCAAGGGUCAACUUGAUAAGACAACACGGGCGUUGAAGGAAGCCCAAAAAGUUGUCAAAGAUCAAAAGUCCUUUGUGAAGGAGAAUCAGAAGCAACGCGAUGCUGCACUCAAGGAAACCACCAAGACCAAUGCGGAAUGGGAAUCCAAAUUGAGAAAGCUACAAGCCAACUCGAAUAAAGAGCGCAAAAAGAUUCUAGGGGAAAAAGAGAAGCUUACUUCCAAAUUGAACGAGAAGACAAGGUUGCUCGACGACAGCUUGAAGCGAGAAAAAGUUCUGAAACAGCAAGUCGCUGAACAUGCAGAAGAACUCGAAGAAAGAAAUAUCGAACUGAAAGAGAAUACAUUGAGAUUUCACAAGUCACAAGCACGAGAACUCAAGCUUGCUGAAGAUGCCUUGGGCUGGAUGACCAAAGCAAGAGAUUCGAAUGCUAAGGCUGAAAUUUUGGAGCAGAACCUAGAGGCCAAGUCGACUGAGUGCUUGGAUCUUGCCCGAACUAAUGUUGAAUUGGUAAACACUAUUGCUGUUCACGAGGAAAAAAUGAAUGAAGCGAAGGAAUUAAUGCAGGAGCUUUCCGAGACACGAAUUGCCCUGGAAACCGUCGAACAGAAGAACGAGAACUUGCAAUUGGCGUUGGAUAUCAAGGUUGAUGAAGCCGACGCUACUUUCCAAGCUUUCAAGGUGCAGUUGUUGAACUACGAAAUGGCAGAAAAAGAAAUUAGAGCUCGAAAGGACAAGGAAGUCAGCCUAAUGAAGCGUUUGAACGAAGCCGAAGAAAGAGAAUCUCGUUUCGAUAAGGAACUACUCCGAACGAAGGCAGAAUUUCUUGAUGCUUUUGAUCAAUGCCAAAUUGUCGAUGAAAAUCUUGUUUCCUCCCAAAAUACAGUGGCUACAUUGCAGUCUACUUUGAACGAGGAGCAAAAGGAGCGAUCCACUGCAACGGAAAGAGUCUCGCUGCUCCAAGGCAGACUUUUCAAGUCACAACAGCAGUUGCUUGGUGUCGUGGAACGGAAUGAUAUACUCUCAGAGGACUUCGCAGCUGCGGUACAACGAGUGAAGAUGCUGGAAGCAAGCAUGAUUGAAUCAAAACAGUUGUGGCUUGCAGACGUCGAACGAAAUGCUAUACUGGACGAGUAUUGCGACCAAGCCCGCCAACACUAUGAGACCUCUCAACGUGAAGUUGCCGCGCUAACAGCAUCAAUGGCAGACCAGCAAGUAAAGCAUCAAUUCGAUCUUGAUGACGCAGUGACUCAAACUCAGGAGAUCAAAUCUCAACUUGAAGUGUCUGAAGCCGAGGUCAACAAGGUCAAGUCUACCAUUCAAAGUUUGGAGCAUGACUUGCAAGAGGCCGAAUCCAAGCAUACAACUGAACUAGCGGAUGCUCGAUGCAAGUUACACUCUGCCCUGAAUGAUGCAGAAAGCCUUAGAACGAACCUCCAGGUCACCAUAGACGAAAACGAAAGACUUCAGAAGGAGUUUGAAGCGACCAUAGCAGACCUCGCGGCGUCGACUGACAUAGUUCAAACGACCAAGAAGGAAUUGGAAGAGAAACAGCAAGAGCUUGGCGCAGUUAGGCAAGAGAGAGAUACCAAAAUGUCGAGCUAUACAGUGGAGGCAUCCAAGCGUCUAUUGGCAGUCUCCACGAUUACACAGCUUCAAUUCGAACUUCAAGAUGCAAAAUCUGCUUCUGAUGAAAUCGAGAAGAGGUUGCUUUCUGUCGAAGAAGAGAACGUGUCAAACAAGACUAAGCAUGACAAGUUGAUGGUGCAGUACAAGGAAUCACUGAAGAUUGUUGCGCGCUUGGAGAAUAAGCUAGCAGAAUCCAAGUCUUCGAUGGAGCUGACAAAGCAGGAGCUCCAUUCCUUAAAGAAUGAAUCUGAGGCAGACAAAGCAAGAAUUGGCGAGCUGAUGACAGACAGCGAAGCAUCCGAAGCAAAGGUCGGACAGCUGGAGACGGAGCUAACAUCGACCAAGGAAGAAGCGGUCAAACUACAUGCAAGAAUCGAAGCAUUGACAACAAUGGGUGAAGAUUCUGGAGAAAUCAUCGCUCAGCUGGAGAAUGACCUUGCUGCAGCAAAUGAAGAAAUUGAGUCGCGAAAUGGAACAAUCGAUGAUCUAACAGCGAGGAGUCAAAAUGCUGAAACGGACAUUGGUAAACUCGAUGCUAGUCUUGCUGAGACCAAAAAAGCUGUUGGGAUGGGCAAGUCUCGAAUCGACGAGUUGUCUUACAAGAAUCAAGAAUCCGAAGCAUUGGUCGCCAAAUUGGAGAAUGAUCUUGCUGCAGCGAAGAAAGACGCCGAAGCAAGCAAGGUUGCGAUUGCUUCUUUGAGUACAAGAAGCGAGGAGUCAGGAGUAGCAGUUAUGCGUCUGGCGAAACAGCUUGCUGAAUCAAAACUGGCAACAGAACAACGUUGCAUUGAAUUAGAUUCAGCUAAGCAAGAAUCGGAAGUAUCCAGAGAUAGACUCGACGGGUUGAUGUCCCUCAAUGAAGAUGCUUUCGUAAAGAUUGCUGCUUUGCAAAACGAGCUAGCAGAGUCGAGGAAUGUCACAAUGAAGACACAGGAAGAGCUAUCUGAGGCAAAGGAAGAGAACAAAAUGAACAAGGUUACAAUGGCCGAUGUGGUAAAAAAGCUAGAAGAGGCUGAAUCGCACUCCGCCACACUGGAAAAGGAAUUGGUGGUAGCCAUGGCAGAACGUGACAUCAACGAAGAAGAAAUAGUGUCGCUAAAUUCCAAGAGCCAAGAAAAAGAGGAGACGAUAUCAAGGCUACUAGGCGAGCUGGAAGAAUCGAAGAAAUCGGUGAAGAACUCCUACAAGGAGUCCCGAAAGAGCAAGGCACAGCUAUAUGCGAUGGAGUUGCAAGCCAAAGAGUUGGACGCUAAUAUCACUCGCCUCGAAAGAGAACUUUUCUUGGCAAACGAGGAUGCCCAGACGAGCAAAGCAACUAUCGUGACUGUGACUGAAAAGAAAGAAGAAUUGAGUGCAAUAAUAUCAGGAUUGGAGCACGAACUUGCUAAAUCUGGAAAGAUAAUGGAGAGAUUGAGAAUUGAACUUGCUGCAUCAGAACAAGAAGUCCGUUCAAAGACAGCGGCAAUCAAUGAAAUCAAAUCAAAGAAUGAGGCGUCUGAAGCAGAGGUCACUUUGCUGAAAAAGGAGCUUGCUGGAGCAAAGGAUGAGACGCAGAACAAAACAAAAACUAUCCUUGCACUGAUUUUCCAAAGUGACGAAUCUAUGCAAGCAGUCUCGUGGUUGGAGCGCAAGCUUGGUGAUUCAAAGCAAAUGAUUGAAGCUUUAGAAUCCCAGCUUGCCGCAUCCAAAGCAGAAGCAAUGGCCAAUGUCGUUGAAAUGGCCAUGGAAAGAAAGCAAGGAGAAGCAAUGCUUGCUCGGUUACAGAAAGACUUUAUUUUGGAACAACAAGAAUGCAAGACAAGGAAGGCUACUAUUGUUGAGUUGGCUUCGAAGAGUGAGAAAUCAAAUGACUCUGUCUUGAGAUUGAGGAAAGAAUUGGCUGACUCCAAAAUGGCUGCUGAACAGACCCAACUGGACCUCGAGGCACUUGAGGAGGAAUCCGAAAUGGACAAGUCUCGAAUUCAAGAACUGAUAUUGGUGAAUAGAGAAAUGAAAGUUGAAGCUUCGAAUGUGGAAAAGGAACUACUCGAAACUAGAAAGUCGUCCCAGCAGGCUGGAAAUGAUCUAUUGACUCUGAGACAACAAUUUGAAGCAAGCACCAAAGAAAUUGCUGUUUUGGCGUCGAAAAUCGGAAUGUCAGAAGAAUGCACCAGGAAGAUCCGUCAGUCAUUGACAGAGUCAAAGCAAAUGACUGCAAAAAGGGAAUUAGAAUUGGAACUGGCAAGGGUCGAAAACGAAUCCAGCAAGUCUGCCAUUGUAAUCUUGGAAGCCAAGAAUAAAGAAGCAGAAACCUCUAUUUCAGACUUGGAAAGGGAGCUUUCUGAACUCACACAUCAGUCAGAGUCCCACAAGGCACACUCUGAUCUUUUGGUGGAGAAAAAUCUUGAAUCCGAACACACUGUGUCGCGACUUCAAAUUGAAUUAGCGGAAUCGAAAGAGUUGAUGAUGCAAUCGAAGGUAGAACUGACAAUGGUCAGUUCGGAUGCGGAGGCCAGCCAAUCAGUCAUAAAAGAAUUGAAGAUACAAAAUGGUGAACUGUUGGGGAAGCUCGAUGACAACGAAGGUCGACUGGCCCGGCUUGGGAGGCAACUGGCUUCAGCGGAGCAUCUGACAAAAGAGACAGAACGUGAGCUUGCUGCAACAAAACAUGCACAAGAUGCAAGCAACGCUACGAUUUCGGAUCUGAAAUGGAAGCACAAAAUGGCUGAAGAAAAUAUUGCUAAAUUGGAGAAGGAACUUGAUCUGUCCAAGGCAGAAGCACUGUCACACAAGUCACAUGCUGUUUUCCUAACCUCACAGGGUGCAGAAUUAAAGCGAGUAAUAUCAGGUCUAGAGAAGGAUUUGGACAAGUCAAAACAACUGAUGUACAAAUCUGAAGCAGAAGUUUUGGCAUCGAAUGAGGAGACUGCGAUAACAAAAGAAAGACUUGCAGACAUGGUUUUCCAGCACAAAGCAAAGGAGUCGAUUGUUGCUGCAUUGGAGAAGCAACUAUCUGUCGCAAAUGAGGAGUGUGAGGCUGACAAAUUGUCAAUUGCUGAAUUGGGAGACAUGGUAACUCAGCUUGAAAAAGAGUUAAAAGAGUCAAAUGAUUCGACUGUUGAGGCUAUGAAGGAAAUCAGUGGGCUGAAGCAAGAGGGCAAGAUGCAAGCGAAAAGAGCCGAAGAUUUGGUGUCAAAAAAGAAAGCAUCGGAAGAGAUUGUUGUAUCCUUGGAGAAAGAGUUGGAGUCGGCAAAAGAAGAGUGGGCAACUUCCCGUACGACAGUUGUUGCACUGAUGUCAAAAAGCGGUGAGUCAGUACAAGCAGUAUCCCGCUUAGUAAAAGAGCUAUCUGAGGCAAGAAUAUCCUCAGAGCAACUCCAGAGAGAACUUUUGGAAGCAAAUAAUCAGGUGGAUACAGUCAAGGCAAGAAACAACAAAAUGAUGCUGAAGAACCAAGAUGCUGAAUGCACAGUUGAAAGGCUACAAAUCGAACUUGAGAAGGCAAAGGAAGAGAGCAAUAGUGGCAGAAUGGCAAUUACUGCUUUGACUUCACAGAAUGAAAAUUCAGAAGAAACCAUAUCACGUCUGGGGAGAGAGCUGAGAGAGGCAAACGAAUCAAUGACAAAGUCAAAGGCGGAACUUGCUACCACAAUCGCUGACAUGGGGACGACCAUGGCUGUAAAUGAAGAACUGACUUCAAAGAACCAGUGGGCCAAAGCGAUUCUUUCAAUGAUGGAACAAGAGCUUGCUACAGCUAAAGAAGAUGCGAAGACAAGUGCGGCCAGAAUUGCAAUGUUGACUUCAACGCAAGAAGAAUCCAAUCAAGCUAUGUCAGAAUUGAAGAAACAGGUAGCUGAUGCAAACGAGGCACUGCUUCAAUCAAAAACUUACAUUGCUAUGGUAGAGCAAGAAGCAGCUGCACACCAGUUAACGAUCAAUGAGAUUACUGGUAGAAAUCAAGAGGCAGAGGGAGCAGUUGCUCGUUUGGAAAAAGAGCUUGCAAGCGCUCAAAAAGAGAAGUCAGCGCUAGAAGAGUUGGCGUCAAAAAGUGAUGAAUUGUCUUUGCAGAAUGAACGUACUGAAGGAGAAAUGGUCCGCCUUCAAAAACAACUAUAUGAAACCAAGAAGGUUAUGGAACAGACGCAAUACCAGUUGGUCGAGGCAAAGGAAGAAGCAAAAGCAAGCAAGACAAUAAUGAUAAAGAUGCAAUCACAGAUUGAAAAAGCUCAGAAAUUAGAGAAUGAGCUUGCUGCUGCCAAAGGAGACGCGGAUCGCUACAAUACCCAAGUUGUUUCUCUGAUGGCCAAGAAUGAAGAGUUAACGGUGUUGGCAUCCCGUCUUGAAUGCCAAUUGGUGGAUUCAAAAGAGUCGAUGUUUCGGUCACAAGAAAAGCUGACUGCUACUAUUGCUCUAGUCGAAACAGGCAAGUCAGUUGUGAACCAGUUGUUGUCGGUGAAUGGUGAAUUGGCAUCAAGUCUCCACAGUAGCGAAGGGGAUGUUGCUUGUCUCAAGACUCAACUUUUUGAGUCAAAGAAAUUGAGAGAACGAAUUGACGGAGAGCUAUUUGCAGCGCAGGAAGAGUUGGAAACAAGGACGACAGCUAUUGCAAAUUGCAAAUUAGAUGGCAAAAAGGUCAAAACAACUGUCGCUACAAUAGAGACCAAGCGUGAUGCCAGUGAGAGGGCAAUUAAUGUCUUGAGUUCGGAAGACAAAAAUUUGGUUGGGGUCGCAUCUCAACUUGAGAAAGAUCUGACCCAGUUAAAGAAAAUGUUGUCCCAAGCUUAUGCAGAUCUUGCGGCGUCAAACGAAGAAUCUGAAAAGACAAAAGCAAGACUUGACGAAAUGAUCUUGGAGCGCAAAGACGCAAAAACAAAUGUGGAAAGUGUGAAGAAAGAGCUAGAUAUUGCAUUGGAAGAGUGCAAGUCCCGAAGGCUGGCAUCGGUUGCUUUGAAUGUCAAGACGGAUGAACUGGGUGAAUCCGUUCGUCGUCUUGAAAAAGAGCUGAUUGAGUCAAAUGAGUCGAAAACCAAUUCUUGCGCUGAAAUCGAGGAGCUGAAAGAAGAAACCAAGAUGCAGGAGGCAAGAACCAAGGAUCUUCUUUCACAGAAAGAAGAUUUGGAAGCAAAUGUCACAAUCUUGGAGCAGCAACUUUUGGACGCAACAAUAGCAUCCCAACAGACGACGGCAGAGCUUGUCAGCACGAAGCAAGAGCUUGAGCGGAAUAAGGCAACAGUUGGGGGGUUGGCCUCCAGUGUUGAAGGGACCAAAGCAAACGCCGCUCAACUUGCCAAAGUUCUAACUGAGGCGAUGUCGUCAAAAGAAAAAUCCGAGGCGGACUUGAAACUUGCGAGGGAGGAGAUCCAAGAGGGCAAAUCAACAAAUAGUAAGCUGGAGAAGAAGCUUGAUGAGGUCCAAGCAGAAAAGGAAGCCCACCAAUCGACCAUCGUGGCACUGACUACAAAGAUUGCGGAAUGCCAGAAUGAGCUUGUCGCGGCUAAUGAUGAAACUCAGAAACUUGAAUCGACUAUUUCAGAUUUGAUGGCUGAAUGCAACCUUGCCAAGGGAGACGUCAGCCGGCUGGAGAAACAGCUUACUACUGCAAGAGAUGACGACGAGCAUAGCAAGGCUACCAUCGUCAUUUUGACUGCCAAGUGUGACGAAUCAAACAAGACAGUGUUGCGAUUGGAGACUGUGCUUUCUGACGCACAAAAGUUGAGUGAGCAGUGUCAACUGGAGCUUGCAGCCACAAAGAAAGAGGCAGAGUCAAGUAAUGAGGUAAUUGAUAACUUGAUAUUGAAGAACGCUGAAUCGGAGAAAAAUGUUUCACGUCUUGAAGAGGUUCUCGCGAAGACAAAGAAUUUGGCAGAAAAGUACAAAAUUGAUUUUUAUGCCGCAAAAGAAGAAGCAGACAAGAGAAUGGAAAAACUCAGUGCAGAUUCCAAAAAGACUGUGUCUCUGCUGCAGAAUAAGCUUUCCACAUCAGAAGGAGCAGUGAAGGAUCUCAAAAGCAAGCUCGCAUCUUUAAACGGUGAAGUUGAGAAACGAGAAGCUGCUAUCGAUGUUUUGACUGCUGAAAUGAAUCAAGCUGAGGAGAGCAAUGCCCGAUUGGAACAAGAGAUUUCCAUUGCAAAUGAAGAGGUUGAAAAGAGCAAAGCUUCAAUUUGUGCAUUGGAUUUGAAGUUUGUUGAGUCCAAUAAAGCCACCUUGCGACUGAAGAAUGAACUAUCAAAAGCAGUGAAGCUGACGGAAGACUGUAGGAUGGAAGCCAAACAAAAUGUGGAAAACUGCCAAACCGAUUUGUCUGCGGCAAAGGAGGAGGCAGACAGAAGCAAGGCUCUGGUCAAAAAUCUUACUGCCAAGAUCAAUGCAACCGAAUCUAUCAUCACGAGAUUGGAACAAGAGCUUGAUGAAGCAAAGGACGAGAACAAAGCAAGCAAAUUGACAAUGGACGAACUGAACAAAACAGCUCUAGCUUCCGAAAAGGCCGUAUCUCUGCUGCAGAAUAAGCUUACAGGUUCAGAAGGAACAGUGAUUGCACUUGAAAACAAGCUUGCUUCGUUGAAUGUGGAAGCUAAGACACGGGAAGCAAUCAUUGCGAAUAUGACUGUUGAAAGGAACCAAUGCAAGGAGACCGUUACUCGGUUAAAGCACCAGCUAGCAAUUGCUGAUGAAGAAGUCAAUAACAGCAAGGCAUCAAUCUCUGCUUUGAAUUUGAAAUGCAUCGAAAGCAAGGAAAGAGCCUUGAGUUUGGAGAAUGAACUGACAGAUUCAAGAAAGUUGACAGAACAAUCACAGAUGGAUGAAAAAGAAAAGGAAGAAAUUUACCAAGAUGGCUUAUCUGAGGCAAGGGAGGAAGCAAACAAGAGCAAAACUGAAGUCAAGAACCUUACUGUAAAGAUUGACAAGACCCAGUCAAUCGUUGCAAAAUUAGAACAGGAGCUUGAAGAAGCAAAGGAUGAGAGCAAGGCAUGCAAGUCAACGAUCCUUAAACUUACUGAAAAGGCUGCAGCUUCCGACCAAAUUGUGUCUGUGCUCAAGAAUGAACUUUCAACUUCUGAAGACAAGCUUACCAUUUUGAAUGGGAAAGCUAAGCAACGAGAAGCCGCCAUCGCUAAUUUGACUGUUGAAAGUAAUCAAGCCAAGGAGAACUUUGCUCGGUUGGAACAAGAGCUUGCCAUGGCAAGUGAAGAAGCUGAGGAGAGGAAGGCAUCAAUAGCUGCUUUGAAUUUGACAUUUAUCGAGACAAAGGGAACAGUCUCGCGUUUGGAGAAGGAACUAAUCAAUUCAAGAAAGUUGAAUGAAAAAUUACAAAGGGAGGCCAAGCAAAAUGAAGAAAAGUUGCAAAAUGAUUUAUCCUCAGCGAGAGAAGAAACAACCAAGAGUAAGGUUCUGACCGAGAACCUUUCUGCCAAGAUCGACGAGACCGAGACUAUCGUUGCAAGACUGGAGCAAGAGCUUGAUGAAGCAAAGAACGAGAACAAGGCAAGGAACUUGACUAUACUUGAGCUUUUUGAAAAGGCUGCAGCUUCCGAGAAGACUUUGGUCCUGCUCCAGAAUGAGCUUUCGAGUUCAGAAGAAGCAAUGAAGGAACUCGAAGCUACUCUUGCCUCAUUGAAUGAUGAAGCUGCAACACGAGAAGACACCAUCACUGAUUUGACUUCUGAAAUGGCACAAGUCAAGCAGAACGUUACUCGAUUGGAACAGGAGCUUACCACCAGGAGCAAAGAGGCAGAGAAGAAUAAAGUUUCAUUCGAUGCUUUGAAUAUGAAGUGCGCUGAAGCCAAUAAAUCCGUCUUGAGACUGGACCAGGAACUAGCUGAUGCAAGAAAGUUGACUGAAGAAUGUCAAAUGAAGCUUUCAGUCGUGAUGAAAGAAGCAGAGAUGAGUCAGCAGGCUGUUACUGUUUUGACUCUUAAGAACAAAGAAGCCGAGACUAUGAUUUGCGGUCUCGAAUGCGACCUAGCAGAGUCCAAUAUUAACCAAGAACAGCAACUAGAAGAAAUCAUGGCAAUGAAUGCGAAAGAAAAAGCAACAUUUGAUGAGAUGAAGUCAAAAUAUGAAGAUACCCAACAGCAGAUUGCAAAACAGGCCGAAGAACUCUCCGAGUCCAAAAGUAUCACCAAUACAAUAUCCGAAGAGCUCGUAUCUGCCAAAAGUGAAACCGAGACCUGCAAGAGGACGAUCGUCAGGUUGCUGUCACAACAUGAAGAAUCUAGUGAAGCUGUGUUGAAACUUGAAAACGAGCUUGUGGAAUCAAAGGCUGCCCUUGCCGCGGCCAAUGAAGUAGUACAAAGAGUGGACAGUCUGCAGCUGAAUCAAAAUGAGGCUGAAGCCAAUGUCGCUCGUCUUGAACAAGAGCUGUCCCAAUCACAGGCUUGUCAUGAGGUUACUAAACACGAAAUCAAAACAGCAAUGAUGGUUAUCGAUGAAUUGCGUUUAAAGAAUGAAAACACAGAAGCAAUUGUCGUGAAACUACAGGAUGAACUUUCUGCUGCCAAUGCAACAACUGAAAUGAUCCAAAAUGAACUCAUGAAAGCCAAAGAAGAUAGCGACAAUCGAAACCAAUCAAGUGAGACCAUCUUAAGAUUGGAGUAUGAGCUUGCUGAAUCCAACAAGACAUUUGAACAAACUUUGUUCAAUCUUGCUCAAGUCAAGGAGGCUAGCGAGCAACGACAGACUCUGAUCAAUGAUUUGACAGCCAAGAACGAAGCCUCCAUUGAGAAGAUUGCCACCCUACAGUCCGAAAUGGAACAAACAAAAUUGAUCGCAGCCCGCCACCAAGAGCAACUUUCCUCUGCUGAAACGAUGUUGAAAGAGAACAAGCUGGGACUGGACAGGGCGCGAGAAGAAGAAUCAUCCAAGUCAGUUAAGAUGAAGGCUGAAACGGAAACUUUGAGAUCCAAGGUUGCCAAUUUGGAAAAGGCCAUUUCCGCAACCAGGACAGAGAAAGCGUCUCUGGAAAUGUCUGAGAUGAAGACCCGAGGAGAUAUUGGAAACCUGCAAAAAGCUUUGGAGGAGUCCAAGAUUGAGACUUCUUCAGCUGAGUUUCAGCUCCAAGAGACCAGGGACCAACUGGAAGCCUUGCAAGCUGAACUCGAAACUAUGAAGAAUCAGAGUAGUGAAGUUCAAUAUGAUGAGCUGCAAAAAAGCCAUCAAGAAGCGAUUGCAGCAUUGAGGGCUUCUCGUGAAGAAACCUAUUCCACUUUGCAAAUGCGUAUUGAAGACCUAGAGAGUGACUUGAACGAUACCAAGUUCCAACUUCAGCAGGCUGAGAUCAUGGCAGAGGAGUCUCAAAGUGAAACUGCCUACCACCGAAAGACUCUGACGGACCUUGGAAUUGAAUUCAAGAACUACAAGGAUCAAACUUUUCAAUCGGAAAAUGCAUUGAAGGAAGUAACCAACAAUCUGAAAGACGAAUUUGAGUGGUACGAAGUAUAA